AAACCAAAACACCAUCUUCAAACCCUGCCCAAAGGAGCUUGGAAGCGAUUAAAAGACUUACGCGAUCGCCAGAAAAGACGGCGCUACUUACCAAUAGAGAACAAUUACCCAGAUUCACAUAUCAACAACGAAUCUGGCACCUCAUUAGUACCCAUUGCCCAUACCGAAGGGAUCCCAUCAAUCAAAGCCACUGGAACAAUACCCAAGCAACCCAAAGACGCUUAUCUGAAUCCAAGUUGCCCAGUUUCACUCUUCAGACAGUUGCAAUUCCAGCGCGACCUACGCAUUCAUCCUUUUACAGACACCAAUGUGGAACACGGAAGGAAGCAAAAGGACAUAGAAGUAGUGGAAGAUAAAGCCAAAAUGCCUAGUGACAAAGAGAGUCCAGAAACCAAACCACUGAACAAUAAUAAUACAAAUGGAAACGGUGGCAGUGCACCAAGCAAGCUAAAGAUCCAGCCGAAGUACAGCAUUCACCGGGAUGUGUUGACCCAUGAGGUGGUGAUAAAGCAAACAGGAUAUGCGGCUAGGGACAAGAGUAUACCCUCCUCCUUGCGAAACUGCUGGCAGAGCUGGAACUUCUUUGCACUCUUCACCGGCGUGAUUCCCAUUCUGCAAUGGCUACCCCAGUAUUCACCCAGGAGAGAUCUUCCCGGCGAUAUAAUCGCCGGCUUCACCGUCGCCAUUAUGAACAUACCCCAUGGCAUGGCCUAUGGCAUUUUGGCGGGAGUUUCGGCAGGAAAUGGUCUCUACAUGGCCGUGUUUCCGGUGCUGGCCUACAUGUUCCUGGGUACCUCCAAGCACAUCUCCAUCGGCACCUUUGCGGUGGCCAGCAUGAUGACGGCAAAGGUGGUGGAUACGUACGCCAACGUGGAUGACCACCCUCAUAUAUUGCCAGUUAAUGGCUCCGCUUUGCUGUCGAAUGGAACACCGACUGUGUCCCCACUGCUAUUAAAUUCCCCCGCGUAUUCGAAGUAUAUCUCUUUGACCACUGUAUCACCUCUUCAACUUUUAAAUUCGACUCUGAAUGCGGAUCCCAUUACAAAAAUAGAGGUGGCAACCUCUUUGGCCCUUACCGUGGGAAUCGUAAACCUCCUAAUGGCUUUUCUAAGACUGGGAACCCUGUCAUCGCUUUUGAGCGAACCUCUGGUGAAUGGAUUCACCACUGCUGCAGCGUGUCACGUGGUCACCGCCCAGCUCAAGGAUGUGCUGGGCAUCUCAGUACCCCGCCACAAGGGCGCAUUCAAGAUCAUAUACACGGUUAUUGACGUGAUCAAGGGAGUGCCGCAAACGAAUCUUGUGAACUUUGGCUUCUGUAUGGCAGUGAUCGGAUUCAUGAUGAUCUGCAAUGAGAUCUUAAAGCCGCGACUGAGUAAAAAGUGUCGCUUUCCCCUGCCUGCGGAGCUGAUUAUGGUGAUCGGUGGCACUUUGAUCUCCAGAUGGUUCAACCUUUAUGUUGAGUACAACGUCAAUCCAGUGGGAACAAUACCCAGUGGCUUACCAGAACCCGCUCUGCCGCGCUUGGAUCUUGUACCAAAGGUGGCUGUGGAUUCGAUUGCCAUUGCUAUAGUCACCUACUCCAUAAUCAUGUCCAUGGGCCUAACGUUCGCCAAAAAGCAUGGAUACGAGGUCAGGCCGAAUCAGGAGCUGUUCGCCAUGGGUAUUGGGAACAUGGUUGGCGGCUGCUUCUCCUGCAUUCCCAUGGCGUGCUCUCUGUCUAGAUCCGUGAUCCAGGAUCAGACUGGUGGUGUUUCACAGAUAGCUUCAUUGGUCUCCGCCUCGCUGGUAAUCGUCACCCUCAUGUGGAUCGGACCCUUUUUCAGCAGUUUGCCAAGGUGCGUUCUGGCUGGCGUUAUUAUAGUGGCACUGAAGCCGAUGUUUAUGCAGGCGAAGGAGUUGAAAAAGUUCUCCAAGCAGGGCAAGCUGGAGAUGUUCACAUGGAUAUCCACCUUCCUCUGCGUGGUAGUCAUCGAUAUUGAUAUUGGUCUUUUGAUUGGCAUCUGCAUUUCCUUGUUGGCUCUGUAUAUCAAGGGAUUGAAGCCGUAUUCCUGCCUUUUGGGCUAUAUGCCAGAGGCGCCAGGCAUCUAUAUGGAUCUCAACCAGCACCGAAACGCCAUGCAGGUUCCCGAAGUCCGCAUCUUCCGCUACAGUGGAUCGCUAAACUUUGCCACCAGCCUGUUCUUCCGGCGUGCUCUGUACGAAGCCGUUGGCCUGGAUAAGAUUCCUCUAACGAAAGUCAGCAGCAGCAAUAGCAAUAGUCCCAGCAAGGGCAGCAAAUCGAGUUAUUCCCCAGUAUCGCAGAACGGCGGCCAGGCGAUCAAUGGCAAGUUAGAAGAGACAUCUGGUGCGUUCAAGGUGCUCGUCCUCGAUUUCUCCAUGCUGGGACACAUAGAUGUGGCGGGAUGUCGCACACUGACGGAUCUGAGCAAGGAGCUGAAGGUGCGAGGAGCCCGUUUGUUGUUAGCUAGCCCCGUAGAUCGGGUGUACGAUACCCUGGUGCACAGUAUGGCCCUCAGCGAAGGACCUUUUGAGAUCUUCCCCACCCUGCACGAUUGUGUGGAAUACGCCAAUGCCUGUCGAACAGCGUGAGAGGGUGAUCCUGCUCCAGACUCCCCAGUUAACUGGGGCAGAGAGCCAAACCACGUUUUGUGAUAUGUCCAAGUGAUAGCUUGUGAAUCGUAGCAUCAAAACCCCCUUCCUAGUUGCUAAAAUCUAUUUUAAACUGAAUAGAAACAAUGUCGCCGUCUACAAUCAAGCAGAAUAGGCUAAGUUUGUUUAAGUGCCUCCAAACACAAUUGAUUUUUGUACUUAAAGCAUACACAGCCCACCAGUCAGGCAACCGAAGAACUUCAAUCGAUCAAUGAAGUGCAUUGAUUUAGUGCAAUUUGUACCAAAAUGAACAAUUCAAAAACACACAAUUAGUCUGUAAGGUUGAUAUGUAUGGAGAUGUAUAAACUGUACAUAAACAUUUCAAA